AUGGGCUUUGAGAAGUGUUGGGCCUUGGUCUUCUCAAGCUUUUCUUUAAACGGUUUGGAUCAGCUGUUCGGUUUCUCAUUCGGUCUUUCUAGUCUGAACAUUUGUCAAUCCUUGAGCAACGUCUUGAGUUGGAAUGAACAUUUGUCAAUCCUUGAGCAACGUCUUGAAUUGGAAACUGGUGACCGCGACCGUUGUGCUGUUCUCUUGGUUCUGAAAUCGUUGAGCACGGUCGAAAUAAGGGUUGAGGAAGAAGAAAAGUGUGUGGGGUUGACGUCCAGAGAAACAGGGGUUGGAAAUGACUCACGAGGGUUAAAUUGCAAGAAUUGCGAAAUGGAUUGUGAAGGACAGGUGACACCAAAAGUAAGGUCGGAGUUGAAACCAAAAUUGGGACUUGAAUUUGAUUGCUGUGACAAUGUGUUCAAUUUCUAUAAUACGGGUCCCGUUGAUAUCCCGGUUGGUGAAGAUGAUGACUCUAAGUAUUACCUUUCACCAACUUUCAAAUUUGAACAAUGCUUGGUUAAAGGUUGCCACAAGAGGCUACGUAUCGUUCAUACUAUAGAAUUCAGCAAUGGUGGUUCAAGCAUACAGAUAAUGAGAGUUGCUGUUUAUGAAGAACAGUGGGUUAGUCCUGCCAAUCUUCCUGACCCAAGUGAUCUGGAGUUCGAUUUGAAACCAUUUUCUCAGCGCAAACGAACCCGACCAUCAGAGCUGACUGGGUCAUGGAAGGUGUUUGAGGUCAGUGGCACUCCAGUAUUUGGUGAGGAGAUAGACCAGAUGGUAAUGGAGCAAAACGAUAGUACUCCGUAUGUCUUAUCUUUGCACAGAAACUCUAAAGAAGAGGAGCUUGCCGGGGAAUCCAGCUUACUUUGGAGAAGAAGAGAUGCUAGACAUGCAAGAUGUGACUAUGCUUUGGCUUCCGGGUGGUGUCACGGCCUAUGUUGAUGUAAACCAGGAUGGCAUCCUUUGCAUUGGAGUCGGAUGGUACUCAGAUGAAGGGAUCAACCUUGCUAUGGAGAGGGAUUAUGGAGUAGAUGGGAAACUCAAGGAGGUCCGAUCAAAGUCGGAGGUAAAAAGAAGGUGGUCUGAUCCACUACCUGUGUAAAUUUUCCUUGAAAACAGUUUUGGUUUGUUUCUUUGUACUGAUUAUUACUUCCCCCCGUUGGAUAGUAAUUGCUUGUGUAUUAUCUCCAUCAGAUCAAAAAAGAAACAACACAAUGAAUGUUCAAAAAUUUA